AAAAAAUAAUAUAAGAAGAGAUAGAAACAGUUAAAAGUUGAAAAUCAACCUGUGCGUCUGAGUCCAAAACUGAAUACUGUUCCUGAUCAUCCAUGUUUUCUACUACUAACCCAGCUAACCCAUACAGCCGCUAGAAAGUGCACUUCUGUCAGAUGUAAAAAAGUGAAAAGUAACGGUGACCUAAUAGCAAUAGGCCUGCAUGCUCAACUUGAUCACUGGAAAUAAAUAUUUUGUGUAUUAAUUUUUCUAAAUUUUUUCCGGUUCAUUGUACAGUUCCAGAAUAAUAAUUUAAGCGUAGCUCGCCAAAUAAUGAAGCAGUAGUGUGUAUAGUGAAACAGAUUUAUUGUUUGGGGAACAAACAGUAGCACCUAUAUAAAACAUGUAUAGAUAUACAACAUCUACUUUAGUAUGGUUAGCUACAAUAUUUAUAGCAGUAUUAUCAGAGGACCCAUUUUCGUGUCCAGCUAAUUGGGAACUGAAAGGAACAAACUGUUUCAAAUAUUUUAGUGUAAAGCAUUCAUGGGAAAAAUCUGCCGAAUUGUGUAAAAGAUACGGUGCUGAGCUUGCCACGAUUCAAUCGUUCGAAGAAAAUGAAGCAACCAGAGAAAUUGCCCUUUUCGGAGAAUCUAGAGGAAGGACUGCCAACAUGUAUUGGUUAGGCUUAGCUACAUUAGAUGAUUUAAGAACGAAUACGUUAGAGUCGACAACAGGCGGACUGGUCUCACAAUAUUCCGGUUUCUGGUCGCUUAAGCAACCGGAUCCAGAAGCAGGUGAAUGUGUUGCGGCUUCCAAUGAACAUAAUAUGCAGUCCUGGAAAUUAGAAAGAUGCGAAAAUUUACUGCCAUUUAUGUGCGAAAGGCCAGCCUGUCCACAAAAUUCGGUUCAAUGUUCAAAUGGUGCUUGCAUCAAUCAAGCUUUCAAAUGUGAUGGUAACAAUGACUGCGGUGAUGGCAGUGAUGAGCUAGACUGCCCAAAUGUAUGUCAAUUCCACAUGCAAUCUGGAGGCGAUGUUAUCGAAACUCCCAGUUUUCCACAAAAAUAUCCAGCAUUAAGUAGCUGUAAAUGGACCUUAGAAGGGCCCCAAGGAACAAAUAUCAUCCUACAAUUCCAAGAAUUUGAUACCGAAAAAAAUUUUGAUUUGGUACAGAUACUUGUUGGUGGUAGGACUGAAGAUAAAGCCAUAUCGUUAGCUACGCUAUCAGGAAAAAAUGACUUAAGUAAUAAACCUUUCAUCACCGCGUCUAACUUUAUGAUAAUAAAAUUCAUAUCAGAUGGAAGUGUGGAAAGAAAGGGAUUCAGAGCCACUUGGAAAACUGAACAUCAGACGUGCGGUGGAACAUUGCAAGCAACUACACAGAGUCAAACGUUGAAUAGUCCUGGUUAUCCUAAGAGUUAUCCAGGUGGCUUAGAAUGUCUAUAUAUUAUUCAAGCACAGAAUGGGCGCUUGAUUUCAAUGCAAAUCGAUGAUAUGCAACUAAAUGACGGAAUUGACUAUAUUCUCAUCCGCGAUGGAGACAAUGCUCAUAGUAAACCAGUAGCUCAAUUAACUGGAAAUACAAUAGACGAUCGAAAUAAGGUUAUGAUUUCAACCAGUAAUAAAUUUUACAUUUAUUUCAAAACGGCCUUAGGCGGUUCGAAAAAAGGAUUCAGUAUAAAAUAUGUGCAAGGUUGUGCAGCCACUAUAACAAGUUUGAAUGGAACCGUUAAUUCUCCGGCUUAUGACUUAAGCAAUUACCCAAAUAAUCAAGACUGUUUCUUUAAAAUAAUUAACCCAAUGGGUGGGCCACUUUCUUUACGAUUCAAAUAUUUCAAUGUGCAUAAAAGUGAUAAAGUGCAGAUCUUCGAUGGCUCAUCAACAUCAGGAUUACGCCUACAUCCAGCAGAAGGUUUCUCAGGUAGUAUUCUACCAAAGAUUACACUUACGGCAUCUUCUGGUAAUAUAUUAAUCAAAUUCGUAACCGACGCUUUACACAGCAGUAAAGGAUGGCUAGGUGAGUUCUCAGCAGAUUGCCCUGAAUUAAAACCUGGCAUAGGGGCUUUAGCUUCAAGUCGAGACACUGCUUUUGGUACAGAUAUAACAUUCACAUGCCUAACAGGACAAGAAUUUGCAACAGGGAAAAACAAAAUUGUGACAACCUGUCUACCUGGAGGAACUUGGAGUAUCGACUACAUUCCAAAGUGUCAAGAGGUGUACUGUGGUCCAGUUCCUCAGAUUGAUAAUGGAUUUUCAAUUGGUUCAACAAAUGUCACGUAUCGCGGUAAUGCAAUGUAUCAAUGUUAUGCCGGUUUUGCAUUUGCAUCGAAUGAAGCGAUCGAAAAAAUUUCUUGUUUGGCUGAUGGAAAUUGGGAGCGAAAACCAUCUUGUCUUGCCUCACAAUGUCAACUACUACCCGAGGUAUUGCAUGCCAAUGUAACUGUUCUUAAUGGAGGAGGUAGGAGUUAUGGCACAAUUAUAGACUAUGUAUGUGAUCCAGGAUACCAGAGAAAGGGGCAACCUAUUUUAAUUUGUAUGUCCAACGGUACUUGGAGUAGUUCUGUUCCUACAUGCUCACGAAAACGAUGUCAUAGAUUUCCAAAUAUAGAAAAUGGUUUUUUUGUGGAUCAUAGUCGGCAUUAUUUCUUUGGUGAUGAAGCUCGAAUUCAGUGUUACAAAGGUUACAAACAAAUUGGUUCCAACAUUGUUAAGUGCAAUGCAAAUCAGCAGUUCGAAGAACUACCAACAUGCGAAGACAUCAAUGAGUGCGCAACAUCGCCUUGUGAUUUAGCAUCCACAGAAUGCGUGAAUACGCCUGGAUCAUUUCACUGUCAGUGUAAGGCAGGAUUUUCACCAUCUUCAGAGUGUCGACCAGUUGGUGACUUAGGACUUGCCGUAGGGGGAAUAGCAGAUAAUAGCAUAACGUCAUCUUCAACCGAAGAUGGCUACGAUAAAGCGAUGCUGAGACUAAACUCUGCUGGAUGGUGUGGUAACUCAAUAGAACCGGGCGCAAAUUGGGUAAUGAUCGAUUUUAAAGCUCCCACUAUUAUUAGAGGUUUUCGAACAAUGUCUGUACAGAGAUUCGAUGGCAGUUUAGCUUUCACCUCUGCAAUCAGAAUCCAAUAUACAAAUGAUUUAACCGACAUAUUUAAAGACUAUGCCAAUCCUGAUGGAACUGCCGUUGAAUUCCGAAUUCUAGAGCCAACGUUAUCUAUCCUCAACUUACCAAUUCCGAUAGAGACACGUUAUAUCCGUUUUCGAAUACAAGACUUUAUGGUUGCUCCCUGUCUCAAACUGGAAAUAAUGGGUUGCACUCGAAUAGACUGUGUUGAUAUCAAUGAAUGUGCUGACAAAAAUGGUGGUUGCCGUCAAAAAUGUAUUAACUCUCCCGGAUCAUAUUCUUGUGCCUGUAAUACUGGAUAUGAACUAUUUGCAAAAAAUGGAACUGCUGGAUUUUUCAUUGAAAACUAUGAAUCCGGUCAACGCGAUGGAGAUGUAAUCCAGCGCAAUAAAUCGUGUGUACCUGUGAUGUGCCCCGCCUUGAACGCUCCUGAACAUGGAAAGCUUUUGACUGAUAAAGUAGACUAUCAUCUUGGAGAUGUUGUACAAUUUCAAUGUGAUUUUGGAUAUGUAAUAUCUGGAAGCACUAGUUUGCUUUGUAUGUCAACCGGAGAAUGGAAUGCCACUAUUCCAGAAUGCAUAUAUGCUAAAUGUGUUUCGCUUCCGGACGACAAAAACGAAGGACUAGUAGUAGUUCGUCAAGAGAAAGAUAGUAUUUUGAUUCCUUUCCGAGAGAAUGUAACCCUCACUUGUAACUCACCUGGUCGUAAACUUAGAAAUGCAAUAUCAGCUAAUUUUAGACAGUGUGUAUUUGACCCUAAACCGGGAUAUCCUGAUUAUUGGCUUUCUGGUGCUACUCCGUCAUGCCAACGAAUUGACUGUGGUGAGCCAAUGCCAACACCUGGAGCAGAAUAUGGACAACGAAGCGAUACAAAAUUCCAGAGUUCUUUCUUUUUCGGCUGUCAGAAUACGUUCAAGCUAGCAGGACAAAGUGCUAAAAAUGAUAAUGUUGUCCGUUGUACAGAUGAAGGUAUUUGGGAUUUUGGAGAUUUACGGUGCGAAGGACCGGUAUGUGAGGAUCCUGGAAGACCCAAUGAUGGAUAUCAAAUUGCAAAGAGCUACGAGCAGGGUUCAGAAGUUUUCUUCGGUUGCUCUAGGCCGGGCUAUAUAUUAAUAAAUCCCAGGCCAAUCUCGUGUAUUAGAGAACCAGAAUGUAAAGUCAUAAAACCGCUAGGAUUAUCAUCAGGCCGUAUUCCUGACAGUGCAAUUAAUGCGACCUCAGAAAGGCCAAAUUACGAGGCCAAAAACAUAAGAUUGAGCUCAGUUACCGGAUGGUGUGGAAGACAAGAAGCAUUCACAUACGUCAGUGUUGAUUUAGGAAAAGUAAACCGUAUAAAGGCUAUCCUUGUAAAAGGUGUAGUAACUAACGAUAUCGUUGGGCGACCUACGGAAAUACGAUUUUUCUACAAACAGUCGGAGAAUGAAAACUAUGUUGUUUACUUUCCCAAUUUUAAUUUAACAAUGCGCGAUCCCGGAAAUUACGGAGAACUAGCAAUGAUAACUUUACCUAAGUACGUUCAAGCACGCUUUGUAAUUCUUGGCAUAGUAAGCUAUAUGGAUAACGCAUGCCUUAAAUUUGAAUUGAUGGGAUGUGAUGAACCAGCCGCAGAAUCUUUGUUGGGGUACGAUUACGGAUAUUCACCUUGCGUGGACAACGAACCCCCAGUUUUUCAAAAUUGUCCUCAACAACCUAUUAUUGUGAAACGUGACUCAAAAGGUGCAAUUUUGCCUGUAAAUUUCACAGAACCCAUGGCAGUUGAUAACUCUGGAUCGAUAGCAAGACUGGAAGUAAAACCACAAAGUUUUAAAACCCCUUCGUACAUUUUUCAGGACACAAUUGUUAAAUACGUUGCAUUUGACUAUGAUGGAAAUGUGGCUAUUUGUGAAAUAAAUAUUACAGUUCCCGAUAUUACACCUCCAUCUUUAAGUUGUCCGCAGAGCUUUGUUAUUGAAUUGCUUGAUAAACAAGAUAACUAUUUCGUACAAUUUAACGAAACCAGAAAACGAAUUAAGGUAUCCGAUAACUCAGGAGAAGUUUCAAUUGAAUACAUUCCUCCAAGCGCCACCAUUCAAAUAGGGGCAUUCGAAAAUGUAACUGUCAUCGCUACUGAUCGUUAUAAUAAUAAAGCCAUGUGCCAUUUCCAAGUGGCCGUACAAGCAACACAAUGCGUUGAUUGGGAUCUGCUUCCUCCCAGCAACGGUGAAAUAAAAUGUAAAUCAAGCGACAAUGGAGUUGACUGCAUUGCUUCUUGUAAACCAGGUUACAGAUUUACAGAUACGGAUGUUGUUAAAAAAUUUUCAUGCGAAACAAAGCGUCUCUGGAAACCAUCUUCUAUAGUUCCUGACUGUGUCUCCGAAAAUACUCAACAAGCAGAUUAUCAUGUUACAGCAACCACGAUAUAUAGAGCAAAUGGAGCCGUAGCUGAAACUUGCCUACCACAAUAUCAAGAACUGCUAGAAAAAUACUAUCCAAAUUUAAAUAACAUAUUAUCUCAGCGCUGUUCCGCAGUUAAUGUAAAUAUGAAUGUAUCAUUUAUAAAAUCUAUACCUAAGCUUCUCGAAGAAAAUAUGAUACAGAUUGAUUUUAUUUUGUCAAUUAUCCCUGCCAUAAAACAACCACAAUUGUAUGAUCUCUGUGGAUCGACGCUUCAUUUGAUAUUUGAUUUAAGUGUUCCAUAUGCCAGUGCUGUUAUUGAACCAAUAUCAAAUGUAUCCGCAAUUGGAAAUUUAUGUCCUCCACUACGAGCAUUGAAGAGUUCUAUCGCUCGUGGUUUCACCUGUUCUGCAGGAGAAGUUCUAAACAUGGAUACAAAUGAUGUACCACGAUGUCUCCACUGUUCAGCUGGAACAUAUGCCGGUGAGAACCAAAAAACAUGUACACCAUGCAUGAAAGGUUACUAUCAAAAUAGAGGACGUCAAGAAUCCUGCCUAAAAUGCCCCCCGGGAACAUAUACCAAAGAGGAUGGAUCAAAAAGUAUUAAAGCUUGCAUUCCAGUCUGCGGCUAUGGAACCUACUCACCCACUGGAUUGGUGCCUUGUUUAGAAUGCCCAAUAAAUUCCUUUUCCAGUAAUCCACCAACGAGUGGAUUUAAAGACUGUCAGGCAUGUCCCCUUAACACGUUUACCUUCUAUCCUGCUGCACAGUCCUUAGAACAAUGUAGAAGUAAAUGUCCGCCAGGACAAUAUUCGGCAACAGGACUUGCACCUUGUUCGCCUUGCCCAAAAAAUUUCUAUCAAAAUCUAGAAGGAACGCUGACUUGCAAUGAAUGUCCCACGGGUAUGAAAACUGAUGGCACAGGAGCUAUUGGACGAGAAGAAUGUAAAGCGGUUAUGUGUACCGAAAAUUCGUGCCAACACGGGGGCUUAUGCGUUCCCAUGGGUCAUGAAGUGCAGUGUUUCUGUCCCGCUGGAUUUUCAGGUAGGAGAUGCGAGAUUGAUAUCGAUGAAUGCGCAUCACAACCUUGCUAUAAUGGAGGCACAUGCAAAGAUUUACCUCAAGGCUAUAAAUGUAUCUGUUCUCAAGGUUAUACCGGUAUCAACUGUCAAGAAGAAAAAAGUGAUUGUGGUAAUGACACAUGUCCAUCACGAGCAAUGUGUAAAGAUGAACCAGGUUAUAAUAAUUACACUUGUCUUUGCCGUAGUGGAUAUACUGGCAAUGAAUGCGACAUCACGAUCGAUCCAUGUACUGCAAAUGGUAAUCCAUGCAAGAACGAUGCUACGUGUAUUGCUCUUCAGCAAGGUCGUUUCCAAUGUCAAUGUCUGCCUGGUUGGGAAGGCCAGUUAUGUGAAAUUAAUACCGACGAUUGUGCGGAAGCACCUUGUCUUCUAGGAGCAAACUGCACUGAUCUAGUCAACGAUUUCAUUUGUAACUGUCCGAAUGGAUUUUCAGGGAAAAGAUGUCAAGAGAAGCUAGAUCUAUGUUUAUCUGAACCAUGCCACCAUGGAUUAUGUGUUGACCGCUUUUUCUAUCACGAGUGUGUGUGCUUACCCGGCUGGACUGGUGAGUCAUGUAAUAUAAAUAUAAAUGAAUGUGCGAGUGAUCCAUGUCAAAAUAAUGGAGAUUGCCUUGAUAUGAUAGCUAGUUAUCAGUGCAGUUGCGAACCUGGGUAUACCGGAAGAAAUUGCCAACAUUUCAUUGACGACUGUGCCAGUGAACCAUGUCAAAACGGAGCCACAUGUGUUGAUCAAUUAGACGGUUUUCAUUGUAAGUGUAGACCAGGAUUCGUUGGCUUGCAAUGUGAAACUGAAAUUGAUGAAUGCUUGAGUGAUCCCUGUAACCCAACAGGAACUGAUCGAUGUGUAGAUAAGGAUAAUACAUUCCUUUGCUCAUGUAGGGAAGGUUUUACCGGAGAGUUUUGCGAAACAGAUAUCGACGAUUGUGAAACCGAUCCUUGUUUGAAUGGAGGAACAUGUCGAGAUAGGGUGGGUAUUUACGAAUGUGAAUGCCCACCGGGUUGGAAUGGUUACCAAUGUGAACAACUAAUCACAACCUGCGACUCUUCUUAUCCAUGUAAAAACGAUGCCCACUGCAUUGAUUUAUUUGAAGAUUACUUCUGUGUUUGUCCCAGUGGAACUGAUGGAAAACAAUGCGAGACGGCGCCAAAUAGGUGUAUUGGAAACCCAUGUAUGAAUGGAGGCCAGUGUAAAGAUUAUGGCUCUGGACUAAACUGUUCUUGCUCGCCAGACUAUACUGGUGUUGGCUGCCAGUACGAAUAUGAUGCAUGUGAUGCUAAAAUUUGUAAAAAUGGAGCAAAAUGUGUUGAUCAUGGCUAUGGUUACAAAUGUGUUUGUCAACCCGGAUACACUGGAGCUAAUUGUGAUCAAGAUAUAGUUGAUUGCAAAGACAACUCUUGUCCUCCAGGAGCUACAUGCAUUGAUUUAACAGAAGGAUUCUACUGUCAGUGCCCGUUCAAUUUGACUGGAGAUGAUUGUCGAAAAACGAUUCAAGUAGAUUAUGAUUUAUACUUCAGUGAUCCCUCCCGAUCAUCAGCAGCUCAAGUUGUGCCAUUCUAUACUGGAUCUCCAGAUAGUUUUACGUUUGCAUUGUGGGUGCAGUUCGGACAAAAAGAUGAUACUGGAAUAUUCGCCUCCGUUUAUGCUACCAACUCUUCGCAUAACAUUUUGAACAGACGCAUCAUAUUACAAGCGCAUUCCAGUGGAGUACAGGUUUCGUUAUUCCCAGAUAUACAAGAUGCUUUCUUAGCAUUUAGAGAAUACACUACAAUCAAUGAUGGUCAAUGGCACCACGUUGCUAUUGUUUGGGAUGGUAAAACUGGACAGUUACAAUUAAUUACAGAAGGUUUAAUCGCAGGCCGUACAGAAUAUGGCACAGGACGCCUAUUUCCAACAUAUGCGUGGGUCGUGUUAGGUCGACCAGCGGUCUUAUCUAACAAUACUGACACUGACAAAUAUAACGACGCUGGAUUUCAAGGUAGAAUUACCAAAGCUCAAAUGUGGAGCAGAGCGCUGGAUGUAACAUCUGAGAUUCAAAAGCAAGUUAGAGAUUGUAGGAGUGAACCUGUUUUGUAUCGAAAUUUAAUUCUCAACUGGGCAGGAUAUGAAGACAGUACCGGAGGUAUCGAGCGUUCAGUACCAUCUACCUGCGGGAAAAAAAAAUGUAAGCCCGGUUACACAGGUUCUCAAUGUAACCAGUUAGAAAACGACAGAGAGCCACCAAAAGUUCAAUACUGCCCGGAAGAUUUAUGGAUCAUAGCUAAAAAUGGAUCAUCAAUUGUUAAUUGGGAUGAACCACAUUUUAACGAUAAUGUUAGAGUAACAAAAAUUAUUGAACGGAACGGGAGACGUCCUGGACAAAGCUUUUUAUGGGGAAGCUAUGAGAUUACCUAUAUUGCUUAUGAUGCUACUGGAAAUACCGCUAGUUGCAGCUUCGCAAUUACUUUAUCGGCAAAUUUCUGCCCACCAUUGUCUGAUCCGAUUGGAGGGACACAGCACUGUAAGGAUUGGGGCUCUGGUGGUCACUUUAAAGUAUGUUCAAUUUCAUGCAAUCCGGGCAUGAAAUUCUCGGAAACUGUUCCAGAAUUCUACACAUGCGGCGUCGAAGGAUUUUGGAGACCAACUAAAGAUCCAACAAGGCCGCUUGUUUACCCGUCCUGUUCCCCAGCUAGACCAGCGCAAAGAAUUAUGAAAAUAAAGAUGCUCUUCCCGUCCGACGUAUUAUGUAAUGAAGCAGGACAAGGUGUUUUAAGACAAAAAGUUAAGAACGCAAUCAACUCGUUGAACAGAGAUUGGAAUUUCUGCAGUUUCUCUAACGAAGGAUCUCGUGAAUGCAAAGAGUUAACUGUUGAUGUGAAAUGUGACCACCACUAUCAUACUAAUGACAUAGUGAAGCGACAGAUUUCAAAGCACGAUUUAAGCAGUUAUGCUAUAAAUGUGGAAAUCCCAAUUAAAAGUAAUCCAGUACAGCAUUCCUCAAGUGGAGAAAGAUCUGAUAUUCGUUCUUUGCUAGAAAAACUUAUUCUUGAGGAUGAGCAAUUUGAUGUUCAGGAUAUAUUACCCAAUACAUUCGCCGAUGCUGCAUCGUUGACAAUUUCAUCAGACUAUGCAUGCCCUGUUGGUCAGGUAGUGGUGGUUCCAGAUUGUGUUCCAUGCGCUGUAGGCACAUACUUUAACACAACAAGCAAGAUCUGUAAUGCCUGUCCAAAGGGGUCGUAUCAAUCAGAAAUUGGUCAACUUCAAUGUAAAAGCUGUCCAAAUAUUGCUGGCCGGACUGGAGUGACAUCUAUAACCGGCGCACGGUCAGCCGCAGAGUGUAAAGAACGUUGCCCGACAGGAAAAUAUCUGGAUAUUGAUACAGGGCUCUGUCAACCGUGUGGUUAUGGCUUCUACCAACCGAAUGAAGGUUCUUUUAGUUGUGAGAUUUGCGGUCUAGGACAAACUACAAGAAUAGAAGAGUCAACUUCAAGAUCCGAGUGCCGAGACGAAUGCAAAUCCGGCAUGCAGCUCGGUGUCGAUGGAAAGUGUGAGUCCUGCACUAGGGGUACUUACAGGACACAGGGAGUACAUCCAGCAUGUGCUGCUUGCCCAAUUGGACGAACAACACCUCGGGUGGGGGCGUCUAGUAUUGAGGAAUGUUCGUUACCGGUAUGCGCACCGGGAACAUACCUUAAUGGAACAGUAAAUGUAUGUGUAGAAUGCGGGAAAGGUUUCUACCAGCCAGAACAGCAACAAACAUUCUGCUUACAGUGUCCACCAAAUCAUAGUACGAGAACGACAGCCGCAACCAGCAAAGCCGAGUGUACAAAUCCGUGUGCGAAUGUGUCAGAAGGGCAGCAGCAUUGCGAUCCAAAUGCUUUUUGUAUAUUAAUGCCAGAUUCCUUCGAUUUCAAAUGCGAAUGUAAAGCAGGAUAUAAUGGCACUGGAAUGCUAUGUACAGAUGUGUGCGAAGGAUUUUGCGAGAACGCAGGACAGUGCGUAAAGGAUAUCAAAGGAGUACCAUCAUGUAGAUGCAAGGGAUCAUUCACCGGCACCAAGUGUACCGAAAGAUCAGAGUUUGCCUAUAUCGCUGGUGGAAUCGCAGCAACGGUCAUUUUUACUAUUUUAAUUGUGCUUUUGAUUUGGAUGAUUUGUGCCCGGGCCAAUAAACGACGAGAUCCUAAAAAAAUACUAUCUCCAGCAGCUGAUCAAACAGGAUCCCAAGUAAAUUUUUAUUAUGGAGCUCACACGCCAUAUGCAGAAAGUAUUGCUCCAUCUCACCACAGCACUUACGCACAUUAUUAUGACGACGAAGAAGAUGGAUGGGAAAUGCCAAAUUUUUAUAACGAAAGUUAUAUGAAAGAAGGCCUGCAUGGUACAAAUGGAAAACUUAACUCUCUGGCACGGUCGAAUGCCUCUUUAUAUGGAACAAAAGAGGAUCUGUAUGAUAGAUUAAAGAGACAUGCUUACACAGGCAAAAAAGAAAAAAGCGACAGUGACAGCGAAGGAAACUAGUUUUUCGGUCGACAGAGGUGUUGUUACUCAUUGAAACAUAUCAGUACCAAGAUGAUGGUUGCCAUCCGUAAAGUCUUCGUCUACGCAAUACUCAAUCAUUCAGUUUAUUAUACGGAGAUAAUAUUAAAACGUUUUCUGCAGAUAGAAUCAUUAAGAGUAAUAUUUCGAAAUUACGUGCAACAAUACAACAAGAUUACCUUGUGGUCUAGGUAUGAUAAGACUCCUAUAGGCCUUUUGUUAUGUUUUGAAGCGCUAUUGUCAACAACAUUUUAAUUAAUUUAGGCUUAAUUAGCAACUCUAAUAAAAAUGAUA